AGAGAGAGAGAGAGAGAGACCUUUUUUGAUUUUUAAUUAAUAAAAUAUAAAAAUAAGUAUUAAAAAAAUAUAAAAAAAAAGUAAAAAGGUAUAACCGUCUUUUCAAGUUUUUUUGGACCAAAAACACAGAAAACCUUGAUUUUGGACCUUCUAUGCAAGUGAAAACCUUUUUGGACCAUAUCCAAAGUUUUUGAAUACCACAAGUACCAAUCUUGUAGUUUUGUCUAAUCAAAAUAAGAAUAAAUUCGAACAAUUUUGAAAACUUACAAGUAAAUAUAAAUUUUUUUAAAUAAUCAAGAGCUUUACUGGUAUGAAGUAACCGAUAACCUACCUGAAAACCGGUUAAAAGGUUAUAAAUGAACACCUUAAACAAAACAUGGUGCUCAUCUAAUGACUUUUAUUUUCACUUUUACUUAAAAAUCAUAUAUUCCGACUUUAAUGAUGUAAGAAGUAAGACAUGACAUCCCAGCCACCACCGUCUCCUCUUCUCCAUCUCUCACGUAUCAAUCGCUUCCUCCUUUACUGAUCCAUCUUCUUCAUCCAUCAUCUCCUUUGCUGCUGCUGUUGUUUGUUGAUCUCAUCAUAUGCUUCUCGAUCCUCCUCUGUGACUUUUAUCCUUGAUGAAUGCGGAAUCUUCAACAAUCAGUUGAAUAUCUGCUGUAGAUGCUUCCCCUGUCUCCUUUCAGCCACUAAAAAUUUAGCUUUCUUAAUAAGCAGAAUAAUCCAUCUUAAGCAAGUAGAAGAACAAGGGGCGCUAACUGACUGUGACGAAUUUGAAACUUUUAUCUAGAAAAAAAUUGAUAGUAUCUCCUCUCCGAACUAGAUACUUAUACGAUCCUUGCUUUGCUUGGCUGAUCAUAUGCUUCUUCAGGGUAAUGGCGGAUAAGAACAGAAGUGUCUGUUUACCUAAUUCAGAUGAUCCUUUUGGUAAACUCCCUGAUCAUCUACUCGUUGAAAUCUUUAUCCGAGUUCCCAUCAUGGAGUGGGGAGUAGUAUCUUGUGUAUCAAGGCAAUGGGCCCAUCUCUUUCAAGAAGAAUGCCUGUGGCAUGCUGCUCUUAUCAGAAGUUUUCCUUUAGUUUCCCAGGCUAAAAGGUGGCCUGGUCCAAUUCCUCAAGGAUCAAGCAAAAGGAGGUAUGCUGCAUUAUAUGUGAGCAAACAUUUAUUUUCACUGGAUGGUGAAAUGGAUGAGCUUGUAGGUCAUACUUAUCUGUUUCUGAAAGAUCAACUUGAGAUUACAAAAAUGCCGUGUUCAUCUGGAAUACUUCAUGGAACCAUAAUAGAUCAAUUUAUAGCUUGUGGCAUGUCAAGGGAGAAGGCUCAUGACCUUGCUUCUAAAAUUUGGUUGGCAGUCAUUGAAAAUUUGGAAGAAAGUGAGAAAACAUUUCUGUUGCUCAAGCGCCUUGCGCUCGAGGGAGAUACAUUUCUUCCAUUCCCAUAUUCAAGAUCAUAUGAAGUCCUGUGGAAGGUGUUUGAGAAGCUGUUUACGGAUUUUAGGGAUUGUUUUAGCCGAAUGGAGGAAUAUUAUGAUGUGCUUGGUUGUGCAAAGCAGAAGUUCCAGCCAAUACCAUCCACCUGGUUGGGGUAUUAAUGUGUCAAUGUUGAUGAUAUCAUAUGUUGUAAUAUAUGAAUAGGUAAGAAGAAUUAAGUUUUCAUGGUGUAAAUAGAGUUGCAAGUCGUGUAUGAAUUUAUAUGUAAUGUAAUAUAUUUUUCUUAAUUUAACUCAAAAUUUAGUGGUUAA